AGAUGGCAUUCACGUCGAGCGCCGUUACUGAAUGGACGUGUGCCGAGCGCCUCGCUCUGUUCAACGCAAACAUUUUUGUCGGACUGUUUUUUUUUGUUUGUAGCGUUCUAAUUUGUUUCACCGGCUCGGCGCGAGCACUAAAAUUAAAAGCUUUAUUUGGUCACGCUAUAUCUUUCGAUUAUUUGUGGUCAUCUUAGAAUCUAUUGUUACGGAGUGACGUACAGCCUGGUGCAGUGAUAACGGAAAGUGAUGUGAAUUGUGUUGUGUUUACGUUACGAUGUGCGUGGUAGUGUAGGAGGCUGCAUCAUGGGGUAUGCUUCGAACGGUGCGGGGCGGGCGGCGCACGAGGCGCUUCUUGCCCGACAUGAUGCCGAGUUGCGCUUGAUGGAGACUAUGAAACGAAGUUUGCAGGCUAAAAUGAAAAGCGACAGAGAGUACGCUCUGGCGUUGUCCGCUGCAGCCGCACAAGGACAAAAGAUGGACAAAUGCGAGGAACUGAACGGUUCAGUGAUAGCAUCGGCAUGGCGGACGAUGACUGAGGAGUGGGAAAACACAAGCCGCCUGAUAAAGGCCAACGCUGAGGCGCUAGAUUCUCGUGCAUUGGAUCGCCUGAACACACUCAUGACAGAAAGGCGGAAGGCCCGUAAAGUCUACCAGGAAGACCAUAGCAAAAUCUCGUCUCAAUUCACACAGCUCUCAGAAGAGGUUCAGAGGAAACAAAGCGAGUACCAGAAAUGUCUCGAGUCUUACAAACAGAUGAGAGCUAAAUUCGAAGAGAAUUACCUUAAAUGUCCAACCAGCCGAGGAGGGCGUAAAUUAGAUGAGACCAGGGACAAGUACGGCAAAGCUUGCCGAAGGUUACACAGAGCUCACAAUGAGUAUGUGUUGCUGUUGGCGGAGGCAACGGAGUGCGAACGAGCGCUGCGUACCGCCUCCUUGCCUGCGCUUUUCGACCAGCAGCGACGGCUUGGAGAGGCUACGGCUUCGUCGUGGAAAGGCAUUUUGAUGGAAGUGGUGCAGAGGUCCGACUUUGGCACGGAGAAGUUUAAGGAGAUACAAAACAAGAUUGAAUCGUCUGUACAGAAUCUUAGGCCGCAGGAGGAGUACAAAGAGUUUAUUGAAAAGUACAGGUCACCGCCCUCAACUCCAAUUUCAUUCAACUUCGACGAGAGCUUAGUCGAAGACACUAGCGGAAAACUUCAACCGAACCAACUGACUGUUGACAAUCUCACUGUGGAAUGGCUCAAAGAGAAGUUGACAGAACUGGAAACGAUAUUACAAGAAAACAGGGAAAAACAAACAGCACUACAGGGACCAGAAAUCAUUGGAAACGGUGUCUGUAAAAAUAACAACACUGGAAUGACAAAUGGGGUUAAUGGAGUCGAUAGACAUUCCCCACCGCCGAUCCCCGUGACGACAGCAGAGCCCGUAAAGCUGCUGGAGCUUCGCGUUUCCGAGCGCAAGUGUGCGCGACAGGCGGAGAUGAUCCGCACCGCGCUCGCCGAGCUGGGCUGCGAGGAGGCGCCCAGCGGCUGUCCCGACCUCUCUGCUGAAGUCGUGGGCGUCGACAGUAUGGACGGCAGCUCGCCCGACCACCAGGAUCGGUCGUCCCUCGGAUCGAAAGCGUCGAUGGACGCUCUGCGAUUGCACCUCCACUCUAUCAUACCGCCGAAGCCGUUCUUCAGAAUGUUUACACGUCCCUUCCGACGCAAGUCGGUCCCGUCCAGCCCCGCGUUACCGCCCAAGACAUAUAGGAGUAGCAGCGAGGGACCGUCGGAUUCGGUUAGCGUGAGUGAGACAGAGCGAUCAUUAGUGGACCAAGAAUGGUUCCACGGUGUACUGCCUCGGGAGGAAGUGGUUCGUUUGUUGAGAGCUGAUGGGGACUACUUAGUCCGAGAAACAACUAGGAAUCACGCAAGGCAACUAGUAUUGUCUGUGUGUUGGGGACAACAUAAACACUUUAUCGUGCAGACCACACCAGAGGGCCACUACCGGUUCGAGGGCGCGGCGUUCCCGUCGGUGGGCGAGCUGAUCGCGUGGCAGCGCGCGAGCGGCGUGCCCGUCACGGCGCGCUCGGGGGCGCUGCUGCGGCGCGCCGUGCCGCGCGAGACCUGGGAGCUCAACAACGACCACGUGCAGCUGCUGGACAAGAUCGGCCGGGGUAACUUCGGCGACGUGUACAAAGCCCGAUUGAAGACUACGGGUCAGGAGGUGGCCGUGAAGACGUGUCGAGUGGCUCUUCCCGAGGACCAGAAGCGAACCUUCCUGCAGGAGGGUCGCAUCCUAAAGCAAUACCAGCACCCGAACAUUGUGAGACUCAUCGGUAUCGCAGUACAGAAGCAACCGAUCAUGAUCGUCAUGGAACUCGUCCCUGGUGGCUCCCUGUUAACGUUCUUACGUACGAGAGCGUCGAACCUCAGUUCCCGAACGCUGUUAGCAAUGUGUAGAGACGCAGCGGGCGGCAUGCGGUAUCUGGAGUCUAAGAAUUGCAUCCACCGUGACCUGGCCGCCAGGAACUGCCUUGUGGGAGACGACAACAUCGUCAAGAUAUCGGACUUCGGCAUGUCGAGGGAGGAGGAGGAAUAUAUAGUGUCGGGUGGCAUGAAGCAAAUACCUAUCAAGUGGACGGCUCCGGAGGCUCUGAAUUUUGGCAAGUACACGUCGCUGUGUGACGUGUGGAGCUACGGCGUGCUCAUGUGGGAGAUCUUUUCGAAGGGAGACACGCCCUACGCCGGCAUGAGCAACUCGCGCGCGCGGGAGAAGAUCGACAACGGGUACCGCAUGCCAGCUCCUGAGGGCUGUGCGGAGGACGUAUACGCACUGAUGUUGCGCUGCUGGGAGUACGAGCCUGACAAGAGACCGCAUUUCCAUCAGAUAUACACUAUCAUAGACAACAUUUACAAUAGGUAACGGUGAGUCUUAUAUCCACCAAUGGCGUGAAGUUGUCUUUAAACUAAAAUGAUCUACUAAUAGACAAAUGUCCUUGAAGUAAUCGAUUUAAUCUUAAUAAAUAAAGUAAAAUAUUACCCUAAUUUUAAAUUUAUAUGUACUCAUUGUUCUAACGUUGCAGAUGUAAUGUUUUUUUUUGUUGUAAAUGUAAAUGACAAACGAUCAAACGUAACGACAAAAUAAUUAAAAAAACUGAGACUUUAUAAUUUUCACGUAGUGUCAACUCCGUUUUAUUUUUUUUGGCGAAAAAAAUUAAACAACUUUUCAAGAACACAAUGAAAACAAGUAUAAACUAUAAAUAAAGCAGUAUUUUUAUUUGUCCUUCAAUUCUUGAGAGAGAAUUGUUGUGGACAGGCUUGCUACAAUUCUUUAUAUAAUUUGAUUGUAAAUAUUUAUCAUUUUACCCAAACAUCUAUGAUAUGUCAGUAUUGUUUUAAUAUGUAAGUUGUAAAUUCUAUAGAAAUAAUAUUAUUCAAUAGAAUGUAACUCAAUUGUAUUUGUAAGAAUUGAAAUGAAAACUGGCAACAAUAUUUUCUUUUAAGAUAAUUUUAAUCAGCCAUUUUGUAUUAUAGAGGAAAAUGUUAUGAUCUUGCCGUAGACAGAGAAACUAAGUUACUUAGUACUCUUAUCUUAAGUAACUUAGUUUCUCUGUCUACGGAUCUUGCAGAAUGUGUUGUAAAAGUUAGUGGUAAUUUUUGUUGGAAGAAAAAAACUGCUUAAUUUUAUUUUGUUACUUUCCUCUAAUUUUACUUGACUACUGUUGUUUUGUUUGAAUCCAUGUAUUUUUAAACAAAGUUUGUUGCUUAAUAUGAAAACUGUAUUUUGAUGUCUUUUACAAAAAUGUUGAUCUCUAAAACAACUUUAGGGUUUGAGCGAACAUGGAUGGAAUAGAAUAAUAGAAAAACAAGUCUUUAUAAAACUCAACGCUUUAUGUAAUUAGGACUUAACAUUAUAAUUGAGACGGUGAAUUAUAUCUUUUAUUGCCAUUUGACUUCGUCCUGUAUUAUAUUUAAGUUUUUAUAUUUAUAGGUAUGUUAUUAUAUAUUGCUUUAUUAAAAUUGUGCUAUUUGUGUUUCAAUAGCUGACCUUUUUAUUCUACUACGUCACAGUUUAGACUUAUUGUGAACUGUAUGCAUGUAUUUUUGUAUAAUUAAUAAUAUUUCAAAAUACACAAUUGUAAACCGAAAGUUUCCAAAGGUGCAAAUUUUGAUAUGACAUAUUAUUACAAAAUCUUUUUACACAUUUCAUAUGAAUACUUUUAAUGAAUCGUGAAUUUAUUAAUUUGGAAAAAAAUAUUGUGAUAAACGAUGUGCUUCCAAUAAAAUUUAUAAUAUUUUUCUUGCCUAGUUGUAUGUUAUUAAAAAAUAAAUAUUAUAUGUAACAAAACAAUAAC